AACUUUUGCAGUCAUUUGACAUUGCAAAGUGAAUCGACUAUGGAAUGUAGAGCUACACAUCCAACUAUUCACUAUAGCGCUGCAAUUAGCAAUUUUUUUGAUAAGCCAAGUAUGUGUCAAUUGGUUGUCUUGUGAUGAAUCGAUUAAUAGGAUCAAACAAAUAUUCUACCCCUUUAUUGAAAAAAAAUAAUAAUAAUAAUCAAAUUGAGCGUGCAGAAAAUGCACAAACAGCCAUGGAUUCUCAUUCAGUUAUUGGUUUCAUUCAGAAUAUCCGUCAGAAAAAAACAUCCAAAAAUGUGUCGGAUUGUUUUCCAAAACGUGAGGCCCCUCCACAUCAAAAAGGAAGAGGCCGAACCAGAGACACCUCGCAUUAGCGAGGAAGAUGGGAAUCCACAGUGCCCCGACUUAAAAAAGGAAGCGAAGGGAGAAGAGUCCCUGCACAUCAAAGAAGAAAAAGAGGACGUGGAUGUCAGUCAGGAGGGUGGAGAACAUCUUGAAGGUCUGCGUGGGAAAGAGGAGGAAGAGGAGGCUGACAUCAGCCAUUUCCCUUUGCUUCGUGUCAUUGUGAAGGCUGAAGACGACGAAGAACGAGUGGAGUCUUCACAGCUGCAGUCGGAAGCAGACGGCAGCUUCGCUCCACACUCCGACUCGCUGGACACCGAUGACGAGGCGAGAGACAAACCUUUUAGUUGUCCAUUUUGCGCCAAGGGAUUCACAAGGAGGACGCAUUUAAAGUCGCACAUGAUGACGCACACCGGAGAGAAACCCUUUCCUUGCUCGGCUUGUCCUCAGAAGUUCUCUUCUAAAAGCAAUUUGAAGUCGCACAUGAGAACGCAUACCGGGGAGAAACCGUUUCCUUGCUCAGUUUGCAGCGAAAGAUUCCCUCGGAAACACACUCUGAUGGAGCACAUGAGGACGCACACGGGAGAAAAACCUUUUCCUUGUGCAGUUUGCAACCAGACCUUCUCUUCCAAGAGCAACUUGAAGGCCCACAUGAGAAGACACACAGGCGAGAAACCUUUCGAAUGCUCAGUUUGCGGUGAAGGCUUCACGACCAAAGCCAUUUUGUUGGUACACACCAGAAAACACACUGGAGAGAAACCCUUUACCUGCUCAAUUUGUGGUGAAAGAUUCACCCGGAAAGACACUUUGACGGUACACAUGAGAACACACACGGGAGAAAAACCUUUUCCCUGUACAGUUUGCGGGCAAAUGUACUCGUCCAAGUGCAGUUUGAAGAUACACAUGAGGCGACACACCGGCGAGAGACCGUUUGACUGUUCUGUGUGCGGCGAAAGCUACGCUACCAAAGCCAUUUUGGUGGCGCACAUGAGAACACACACGGGAGAAAAACCUUUUUCCUGCGCUGAGUGCGCUCAAACCUUUGCUCAUAAAUGCAACUUGAGGACGCACAUGAGGAAACACGCUGCCGUGGAGAAAUUGUUCACUUGUCUUCACGGGUGCGAUCACAGGUUUUCUUCCCUGAUGGAGGCGGACAAACACCAGUGUGCUGCGGAGAAGAGUGGCAAGCAAUGAUGCUGGCCCACACUUGAACUCUUGUUAAUCACAUCCACUUUGUCAACAACUGUGUGAGCAAACAGUUCAACAGUGGAAGAACAACGUUUCUCAACGUACAGUACACUUGCAAGGAAUUUCAGGAUAUCAUCAUCUGCGCUCCAUAAAAUCAUCAAAACAUUCCGGGAAUCUGGAGAAAGGCCGAAAGCCGACAUCGAACCCAUGACCUUCGAUCCCUCAGGCAGUGCUGCAUUAAAAACACGGCAUCAUUGUGUCGAGGAGAUCGCCUGUAUGUGGUCUUAGGAACGCUUCAGAAAACCAUUGUCACUUAACACGGUUGGCGGCUACAUCUACAAAUGCAAGUUCAAACUCUACCAUGCAAAGCGCAAGCCAUCGAUCAACAGCCAGAAACGCCGCCGGCCGGCUUCUUGGGGCACGAGCUCAUCUGACAUGGACUGACGCAAAGUGGACAAGUGUGCUGUGGUCUGACGAGUCCACAUUUCAAAUUGUUUUGUGAAAUUAUGGGCCUGGUUUCCUCUGGGCCAAAGAGGAUAAGGAACAUCCGGAUUGUUGUCAGCGCAAAGUUCAAAAGCCAGCAUCUUUGAUGGUAUGGGGGUGUGUUAGUGCCCAUGGCGUGGGUAACUUGCACAUCUGUGAAGGCACCAUUCAUGCUGAAAGGUACAUAUAGGUUUUGGAGAAACAUAUGCUGCCAUCCAAGCAACGUCUUUUUCAGGGAUGUCCAUACUUAUUUCAGCAAGACAAUGCCAAGCCACAUUCUGCACGCGUUACAACAGCGUGGCUUGCUAGUAAAAGUGUACGAGUACUAGACGGGCCUGCUAGCAGUCCAGACCUGUCUCCCGUUGAAAAUGUGUGCAGGCGUAUUAUCGAGUGCAAAAUACUACAACGGGGACCCGGACUGUUGAGCGGCUCAAGUUGUACAUCAAGCAAUAGUUGCAAAAAAAAAACAAAAAACAAUCAAGUUGAUCAGUUUGAACGUUAAAUAUCUUUAAAUGUCUUUGGAGUGUAUUCAGUCGAAUAUAGGUUGCAAAGGAUUUGCAAAUCAUUUUAUUGUGUUUUUGUUCUACACAAUGUAACAACUUCAUUGGAAAUGGGGUUUAUAUUUUGUAAAAAUGUGCAAAAGUUAAAAGUCUGCUCAGCAAAUGUUUAUCACCUGUGAUGAGUUACAUAGGCAUUGUUGUCAACUUCUUCUUUUUUUCAGAAUAUUGUUAGAGGUGCCACGAUGAUUUAAGGAAUUGAUAACUAAUGGAUUAUCAAAUUAACAGACAACUAUUUUGAUCAUCGAUUAAUCGUUUAGAGACCUCGUUUCACUACAAAUUGUCCUCAGAAUUUCUCAAUCUCAGCCUGUCGACAGAAAAUAUUCAGAGAUUUCUGGCGGAAUUUCCGCGUUGCGGGAUCAAUAAAGUUAUCUUGUCGUGAAACGUCAAAUUUUACAAUCCAGCUGUCGUUUUGGUGAAUUUACGCACGGGUGCCGUCGGGUCCCUGAGCACGUCGUUCAGCUCAUGUUUUGCUUUGCUGGUUCUCCUCAUUAAAAUACACAUUU